AUGUUCUCCUCUAUUUCAACAGCUCCGGCGAAACAGUCGGUUAGCGAUACCAUAUCCGUCCUGAGUGGUCGCCUGAGCUCGGCAACAUUGUUGGAAGAUCGACGUGCAGCUAUUCUCGGUCUUCGUAGCUUUGCCAAGGACUUUCCCGCCACAGUUGCCUCAGGGGCGCUUCGAAGCUUGAUUGGGAGCCUGAGUAACGACGGGGAAGAUGUUGAUACAGUCAAGGUUGUGUUGGAAACACUGCUGAUGCUGUUCAAUCCCAACCAAGACAGCCCAGAAGCCUCCGACGAGAUCGUCCUCUGGCUAGCAGACGAGUUCACGCAACGCCAGGAUAACAUCACUCUUUUGCUUGAUUUCCUCGAAGAAGCGGACUUUUACUCCCGCCUGUAUUCUCUGCAGCUUCUGACGGCAAUCUUGUCAGCUCGUGCAGAGAGGACCGAAGAGUUAUUCUCUAUUAUAGCACUGGAUGGAUCAUUGGCUGAUGGAAGUCGAGUUGUCGAGGAUUGUCUAAUCCUUCUGGCCAAUCUAUUGCGGGCGAACGCAUCGAACCAGUCCCUUUUCCGCGAAUCUGGCGGAGUCAAACAUCUGGCCACCUUGCUGCAAGGUGUCUUACAAGGACAAGCAGCUAUGGCUGAUGAUGUCGCAGGGUGGGUUCGAGCACAACGGGGUCGUAACAUUUAUGCCCUUCUUGCCGUGGUUCGCCUGCUACUUGUGCACGGUGCUGUUGGCACUGCCCAAAACCAGUUGGCAUUAUGGCAACAUGGCUUGCUUUAUCAUGCCCUUCGUCUUUCUUUCAGUGCCGCGGUACAGACGCCAGUCAAAGCCGAGGGCAAUACGACUCUACAAGAGAGCUUCGCACAACUGCAAGUCCCCUCUCCCCUUUCUCAACCCAGCUCAGGGGCGAGGGAUGGGGGUGGCCCGGAUAGAGAUUCCGAAGUAUACGUCAUUGACGGACUACUUGAUCUGACCCUCGCAGUCUCGGCCAAUGACAUGUUUGACGUGCGAAUUGCAGCCUGUGACUGCCUCAAAGCCUACUUCUUUGAUCACGCAGAGAUACGCCUUCACUUCCUCAAACGAGCAAUCGAAGGCUACAAAACGGGCCUUGACGAGACAGCUAAUGUGCUCGCUGUCCUGCUUCGGCCCAACAACGACGACGCCAUUGUCAAUCCUUACCGCCCCUGGUUUGCUGCCAUAAUCACCUUCCAUCUCCUCUUCAACAACCCUGAGGCAAAAAGACUUGCCAUGGCAGUGACUGAGGGUGAUGCGGAAGAUGGCGAAGAAAUAGUCACUAGUAUUCAGUCUGUUGCUGCUCAUCUACUUUCCGGGCUCGGUCGUGAACAGGACAGCCGGGUUGCGACUGGAUAUUUGAUCCUCCUUCUCGGUUGGAUGUUUGAGGACCUCGAGGCUGUCAACGACUUUCUGGCCGAAGGCAGUAAUAUACAAGGCCUGAUACAGGUUGUCGUCCGGCCUGGCCCAGCUGACGAAAUCAUUCAAGGACUGUGUGUCAUGAUUCUGGGUGAAAUUUAUGAGUUCUCCACCAAGGACUCCCCUAUUCCCAGAGCUAGCCUUCACGCAAUCCUUCUCUCUCGUCUGGGAAAGGAAAAGUUCAUUGACAGACUUAGCAGGUUGCGAACCAACCCAUUCAUGCGCGACUUUGAAGUUCUUCCUCAGAAGCUUGAUCCAUCCUCUCCGGGUCGACUGCCUGAAGUGUUCUUUGAUAUCACUUUUGUGGACUUCUUCAAAGAUAACUACAGUCGGCUACUGCGGGCCAUCGAUCGAGAACCUGGACUGGAAAUUCCCGUAUCAGCAAACGGCGUGCAACAAGGCAUAUCGCGAGAUCUGGUGGAUUCCCUACGCGCCCAGCUAAAGGAGAAAAGCAAAGCGCUGGAUGAGUUACAUAUGGCCUCUACUACUCUCGAGAGACAGCUCGGGCAAGAACAGGCAGACCAUCGGAAGAGUCGGGAAAAUGCAGCCGUUGAUCUUGCCAAGGUCAAUGCCACGAUUGAUGCCGUUCAGCGAGACCAUGCUGCUGAGCUAGAUAAAUUGCGUCAACAGCUUGCUUCCGAGCAGGCUGAGCACGCUCGGCAACUGAAGCAAGCGACCCAGUCUAAAGAAGUCGAGUUGGAGGCUGGGCGUCGCAAACUGGUUUCGAUCCAGGAAGAUUGCAAAAGGCAGAUCGAGUACACGAAGAAAACGAGCGAGGCCGAGUUAGAGAAACUGCGACGAAAGAUGGCCUCACUUGGCGACGAUCAUGAAAAGCAACUGAGCAAAGCCAGUAAAGCUGCAGAAGUUGAGGUUGACAGACUCAAACGUCGUGCCGACGCUGAAGCCGCGGAUCUACGCGCCACAAUCAGCAGGCUAGAAGUCGAUCUUAUGAAGACGAACAAAAAUAAGGCGCAGGAGCUUCAUACAUUGCAAGAGGAGCAUGCCGCGCAACUAGCGCUGACACAGCAACAGAGCUUGGCCAAGCUCGAGAAGCAGAUCGACCUGGCGGAAGAGUCGGCCAGCAAAUGUGCGCGCCUCGAGAAAGAACUUGAUGAAACCAGACAGGACGGCCUCAAGAUUGCAGCCAACCUGGCAGAGAUUACUGACGCCAAGCAAGCAAUACAGACAGAAUUGGACGACCUGCUAAUGGUAUUUGCCGACCUUGAAGACAAGGUCAGCAAGUACAAGGCCCGGUUGAGGAAGAUCGGACAGGAGGUCUCUGAUGGCGAGGAUGAAGAAAGCGAGGACGAGAGCGAAGACGGGCAAGGGCAGAGCGACGAUGAUGGCGAAAGUGAGGACGAGGCGGGCAAUGGGCAAGUGACAGCGAGUCGCAAGACUGCUUGAGAUCCUCAAACAGCCCAUCAAGGGUAUCGGCACGACACAAAGCUUACUUGAGCGGGCGGCUUUGGAAGAGAAUGAAGCUUUGUCUGCAAAGCCAUUUGUCUUGGCGCCAGACUCUGCAGCUUCACAAUGAUCCUGAACUACGUAGUGAUCCCCGAAUUCCCGCAAUUCCGAAGCCCCAGACUUCUUCUCUC